GAUGACAUGACAUGACAGUAUCGUAACAAGUUACCUGAGACAUUCACGCGCAGUUUGAGUUCGCUCACAAGACAACACAUUCCGGAAGUUCAAUCGAGUCUAAUUACGAUACUUUGGCCACGACUCCUACAUUAAAACAUCAGUUUGAGUAAAUUAUGAAUUUUAAUUAAACCUAAAAGUUUGGACAUAACGCGUGUGGUACAGACGACAGGUGCCGAACACUAGAAGCUGAUUAACCUCGUAUAGGACAUGGAUUCGGAGGAGUCCAGUGACUUGCAUGAUGUGUACGAGACAAAUAACCCCCCUCCAUGGGCAGAUCAGGAGCAUCUGGACAGAGUAGACUGUCUCAGAAGGAAGAUCAAAUAUUACUUCAUGAACCCCUGUGAAAAGUACCAUGCUCGCGGCCGAAAACCGUGGAAACUCAUGCUACAGAUCAUCAAAAUUGCCAUUAUCACUAUCCAGCUAGUGUCUUUUGGACUCAGCAACCAGAUGGUUGUCACAUUUAAGGAGGAAAAUCUGUUGACAUUUAAGCACCUCUUCUUGAAAGAUUAUGUGGAUGGAGGCAUGGAUACAUAUGCUGUGUACAGACAGGCUGAUGUUUAUGAUCACAUCGGUUACAUUUUUGAGCAGUAUGAAAAUCUGUACAACAUCACAGUGGGCAAUCACGAAUAUGAGAAAAACGGCACUUCCUACACCCCGUUGUCACUGUGUCAGGAGUUCUACAGAAAUGGCACCAUCUUCCCUGGAAGUGAGACCUUUGAAAUUGAUGCCCAAGUGGACACUGUCUGCCUUGAGGUUUAUCCAACUAAACAGCCAUCAUCGCGGGAACUACUUUCCCAUUUUGAACUGUAUUUCAAAAGGAUGCUCUCUGUCAAGAUCACAUUUGUUCUCAAGGCCAUAAAUUUACAGACAGUGAGACAUCGAGAGCUGCCAGACUGCUACGACUUCAAUGUUAUUAUCACGUUCAACAACAAAGUUCACAGCGGCAGGAUAAAGGUUGAUCUGGAAAAUGAUGUAAACAUCAACGAAUGCAGAGACUGGAAAGUAACUGGAGCAUCUGCUAGAAACAUACACCUGACUGUGCUGUUCGACUGCCUCAUCAUUGUGACAUGCAUCAUCUCCUUCGCCCUCUGCACACGCUCAGUGGUCAAUGGGAUUCGGCUGCAGUUUGAGUACGUGCACUACUGCCGGAAUCACUGUUGUAAAGAAGUCCCUCAGUCAGACAAAUUGGAGUUUGUGAAUGGCUGGUAUCUCCUCAUAAUUGUUAGUGACACACUGACCAUCAUUGGCUCCAUUCUGAAGAUACAGAUCCAGACCAAGGUCCUCACAAGUUAUGACAUCUGCAGCAUCUUCCUCGGGACAGGCACCAUGUUUGUCUGGAUUGGGGUCAUUCGCUACAUGGGUUACUUUAGGAAGUAUAACAUCCUCAUCCUGACACUCAGGGCAGCUUUCCCAAAUGUUAUCCGUUUCAUCUGCUGUGCUGGAAUUAUCUACCUGAGUUACUGUUUUUGCGGUUGGAUCGUCCUCGGCCCGUAUCACGAAAAGUUUCGGACCUUGAACACGGUGUCGGAGUGUCUGUUCUCCCUGAUCAACGGAGAUGACAUGUUUCCCACCUUUAAGAACAUGAAGCAGAAGAGCAGCCUGGUGUGGAUAUUCAGCAGGGUCUACCUCUAUACCUUUGUGUCGCUCUUCAUCUACAUGAUCCUCAGCCUCUUCAUCACGCUCAUCACCGACACCUAUGACACCAUCAAGCAACAGCAGCAGAGUGGAACCCCGACAUCAGAGCUGCAAAAAUUCUUGUCGGUGUGUAAAGAUCUGCCAGACUCAGGGGUGUACAGACUGGAUGAGAACAACAGCUGCUUAUUCUGCCACUGCAUCUCCAGGCAAGUGCAGCUCACUCCAUUAACACCGCACCGAGUUUCAUCCUGCUGAGAGUCAACUGUCAUUAGUAUCUUGGCAUUUGCUUUUUGUGGGAUAACAUAAAAUAAUUUGGGUGGCCCCUGUUAGCACUAAUUAAACUGGGGAUGCAAGCGCAGUGUGUCAAAAUACCUUUUAACAGACACAACAUCUCAAAUAGAAUCUAAGCUGGGUAAUUUUCUCCUUGCACUACUGCAAGGCAACAAGAGAGGCUGACUUCAGAGGCAUAGCAGGCCUUUAAUGUGGAGAAUCACUGAAUGCUGUACUAUAUAAACUACUACUAAACUACUACCAACAUUUAAUGCGCACUUUAUAAUACUGUACUCAGUGGGAGGGUAUUGAAAAUCUUUUAACAUUAAGCCUAAAGAGUUUUUCCAGUGCUGAAGAGACCAAACCCCAGUUAAAUGAAGGAACUGAGACAUGCACGUCUGGUCUCAGUAUGAUGCACUGAGGCAGAGAAAAUA